AUGGCAAAAUGUGCUGUUAGUUAUGAUAGCUUAAAGGGGGAUUAUUUAUGUUUACUCGUGAUUGAAACAAAGCCGAAGGAAAAUUCUACUUUGAUUGUAUUCAAUCGACAUGACAUGACUGAACUCAGUAAUUGUCAAGGAAAAAAGGAGCUGAAUCAAUUAGGAAACGGGUCAGUACACAUCGUGAUGCAAUCAACAAGACGACAUAUACGUAGGAAAAUUAUUGACAGGAUUCUUAUUUUUCUACCUGCAAUUUUACAACUGCUCGACAUCAACAAUUAA